AUGGCUCCCUCGAUCAACGAUGUUCCUAUCAGCCAGUCUGUCUCGACCUUGGCCUGCCAGGUCGGUAUCAAUGGCUUCGGUCAUAUUGACUUACACAAAUCAUAUUUCUUAAGCUACAAUGUUCUCCGUGCUGCCCUAGUCCGCUCUGAUAUCCAAGUCGUCACCAUGAACCCCACCUGCGUUACCGCUAGGGAGGUCGUCUAUCUUAUACGCUAUGUGUUGGCCGCCCCGGGUGUCGACUACGUCCUCGAGUGCACUGGCAAAUUCGCAAAGCGAGACCUCGCUAUGGAUCAUUUCACUUAUGGUCAAGCUAAGCGGGUGCUUAUCUCCGCUUCUAGCUCGGACUGGCCGACUUUUGUCUAUGGCGUGAACUCGGACUCAUAUACUUCUCGUGAGGAGUGCCGCGUUGUGUCUAAUGCCAGCUGCACUACUAACUGCGUGACCCCUGUCUUCAAGGUACUGAAGCAAGUAUUAGAUGGGUAUAGCAAGAAGAACCGGCGCCGCGGCGUCUUUAACAACAUCAUCCCUACCACCACUAGGGCUGCUAAAGCAGUCGCGGCUGUGCUCCCUGACAUGAAAGGCAAGGUGGCCGGGGUUUCCAUCCGUGCCCCAACGCCUAAUGUCUCAAUGAUCGACCUCACAAUCAGCACCGAGAAGCCCACCUCCCUCUCUGAGAUCCUCUCUGCCUUCCGUGUUGCCGCAAAAUCCGACAUAGCUGGCGUCCUUCGAGUCACCGACGAGGAGCUCGAGAGCGCCGACUACAACGGCAGUCCCUACAGCGCAAUCGUUGAUGCUCCUGCGUGUACAGAGCUUAACCCUUAG